AAACCGGAGGCAUAAAAAUGAGCCUCAGUGUGAAAGUCCUCUCAGACCCUCAGAGCUGCUCCAGCAUGGCUAUUAUCCUGCUCCUCUUCUCCGUCCUGCUCGCGCUCUCGGAUGCUGAAGAGCACGCUGUUAACGAGUUAUUCUCCUUAAUGGCAACUCCACCAGAGAAGAUGGUCCACAGUAGUGUUUCUGACUCCAACACCACCCAAACCAGGCCUACUGGUAAAGACCCUUCCCUGCCAGUCAAUGAGCUGCUGGAACAAGGUAAAAAAGCAGCAGAUCCAAAGUUCAUCCAUGUCCUGCCUGCUGCCGGGGUUUGGCCUAAACACGUGGACCUGGCACCUCUGCCCCGGCCUGGGCCACACAACAAGAGCAAGAAAGGAUCCCGGGACGACCGCCUUCCUGUGGAGCAUAACAGUGAGAAGGCACGGAGCGAUGACAUCCAGCAUGCAAACCCAUCUUUUAUACCGUCUAAAGUUGUCCCAGUUCUUGGGUCUGGAGUAAUGAACCGUACACAGAAGGCCACACCUGAAAGCCCAGUGGUCCAUUCUAACAACCCUCCACCCAGCGAAUCUGACAUUUACCAUAAUCACAACUCUAGAUCCCGUAGCCGGCCGCAGCCCACCACGUCCAACUCGCGUGGAAAAGACAAAGAGAAUGCCAGCAGACGUCUGGAUCCUGAGGAGAACAGACCAGGAAAGUCCAGGCUGACCGGUGGCAGCAGUCUGAACAUCUCUCGGCCUUUCGUCCUGCAGAAUCGCCGGAGCUCCAGCCUGCUCUACCACUUCGACAUCCUCAAGAAAGAGUCAGACUUCGCCCAGGACGCUGUGUGUCUGAGUGAAUGCCGGAAAGAGAAGGAUGAAACAGAGCAUUUCUGCUACAGUGAAUUUGCCAUCAACGGCAUUGUCCACGACAUCGAUAUGAUCCGUAGAGGCAUUAAGCUGGUCACUCUACUGGUCAACAGCGAUGGCUUCUACAAGAUGAGCCGCCUCUACGUCACUCCGGACACGUACUUCUUCAAAGUGAACAUCCUGGUGUUGGACACCUUCAAAUGCACUAAGCCCUGUCCCGACUUCAAACUGGGGAGCAGAUACAUUGUCAUGGGGCAGAUUUAUCACCGGAGACGCCAUCUUCCUUCCAACCUCCUCGCUCUUGUCGGGGGAAAACUCAAGCCAGGCGACGGCCUCUUGCGUAGCAACAACUACGUCAAACGCUACAAUAAGAGGAGGCACCAGAAAGCUCAGGAGGCCACACGCUCAAGGUGCAGGUGAAGAAAACGGAUGGAAAAAACAAAAACAAAAAAAACUGUAGCCACGCUACUGACCCCUGCUGCACGGGAGGACUAACUGCGGCCUUAUGUAAGACUAAAAAAGAACAACCUCGUAAUCAUGCAGUAUUAUCAGAGGAGAGAGGGACGAGCAGACAAAGGCCUCUCUGUCCACUCUGUCCGAGCGUCCUAGGGUCAAUCAAAUCCAAGUGGGGAUAUUUUGCUUGCUGUACAAUGCUUGCCUUUUUGCUUGUCCUCUUUCAUAGAUGACUCCGGGGGGAAUCUGAUGAAUUCCAUCCAGACGCAGAAUAUCUGAUUCAUGUCUGGAACAUGAACCAAGAACGGGCUAAACAUUUCCUUCAUGACUCUUUCAGAGAAGGGCACAAUGCCAAAUUACAUUUUGGUAUGUUUAUACUUACUGUAAAUAGAUAAGAGAGGAUCGAUACCGACCCUUAUGAAAAAGAUCUAUAGCUGGGGUUCAAAUUGGUUCAAAUUGAUUUGUAAUUUGCUUUCGAAAAUAAUAAUGCUUGUAUUUAGAAUACAAGCUUCAGAAAUACAAUCCAUAUAAGACAUUAAUCAAGUAUAUAUAGUAUAAAAUAUGCUUGUUCUCUCAGUGUGAAAGUUAAAGGUAGAGUUAAAUCAAACAACCUCAUGGGUCAUCAUUGGCAUGUGAGCCACACUUUGACUGAGACUGACCUGUUCCCUGCAUUACACUUAAUUGGGAGUUACUGACUGUAUUACUAUAGUUUUUUUUUCAUAAGGGGACUCAACCAAAUAUACAUAUGCAACCAAGUAAUAUGUCAAUGUCAACAGGCACUGAGAUGGAUAAAGGAAAGCAGUUGGCAGAGGACUUAUUGUUUCUUUACAAAAUAUACAGCGCAUGACUUUACCUAAACUGCACCUACAGCUGUCAUGUACACACUGUAUCACUGCCCUCCACACUUUCCACUGCAGCAAUGUCAUGUGUCAUUAUAACACACUCCCCCACGUCUGUUUGUUUUCUGUUCACACCGUUUGACCGGCGACACAAGGCCAGCAUUAGUGAGAGGUUUCAGUGUAGCGGUCGUUUACCCUCGCUGCCGAACCGCCACGGGACAAGCCCAGAACACAGAGGUCCCAUUUAGCCCACCCCAUUUUCUUAACGCUGCUUUAGUCCGGCUUCUUAUCAGAAUUCAGGAAAUGCACUGUUACGCUCAAAAGAAAAAGAGAAAGAAUAAAAGAAAU